CUACUCGUCACCACCAUCCUUUCUUCACCACAAAACAAAUACCAAGCCUUGAGUUGUCCACACCCUACUAUAUAACUACAAAAUGGCAUUGGUAGAUUACUCCGACUCGGAGUCGGACGCCGAAACCGUUGCGCAGCCCACCGCAAAGCCCGUGCCAACGCCCACGAGCAGCGCAAUAGCGAAGAAGCCUAUCCAGAAAGUCGUCGACCGCUCGAACCCGCGCAAGAUCGUCGUCAGCCUUGGCGCGUCCUCCGCACAGGACGCCUCUAAGCCAGACGCGAGCAGCGACGAGCCGCCAGCGAAGAAAGCCAGGACAGGCGGCGGCACAUUUGGUGGGUUCGCCUCCCUCCUGCCGCCCCCCAAGAACAGAGCACUGCCGCCGGCCAAGAGCAGUAGCACUGGCGGAAACGGCAAUGCUGGAAAGGCACCGCCAAGGGUGGGCAUCAACUUGAAGACUGGCGCCGCGCCUGGCUUCAGCAGGGAUACUGAGUUCGACGAUGCCGAAGAUGGAGAGGCAAACAACAAACAGCCUUCAAUACCUGAUGGCCAGAAGCCGGCAGACGAGGUCAAGCUAGUCGGGAAACCGUUGAUGUUUAAGCCUCUUUCCGUCUCGAGGAACCCCAAGAAGAAGACAACGAAGGCAGUGGGAGCGAUACCCAAAGCAGCCGCGACAGCAGAGAGCCCGGUGCCGGAUGUUCAUCAAGCACUUGCUGAACCGCCACCGAAGAAGAAAGUAUCCCUCUUCUCCAUCUCCGCCGAAGCCGACGACGAUGUUCUAGAUGCCUCCGCGCCAAGCACGGGAGCAUACGAGCCCAUGUUCUCCGAGGAGUCCACACACGCCACCGAUGACUUCGCGGCAUACGACGCACAAUACUCGAGCACCUACGCGGAGCCGACGAGCUCGACACUGGUGGGAACAGCACCGUCCAACUCCCUGGACUCGAUAGCAUCAGACAUGAACCUCGACGCGGCCGCCCGGCGCGAGCUCUUCGGUCGCAGUGGCAUGCCGUCGGCCACCCAGUCGGCCACGCGGGUCAUCAACUUCAACACGGAUCAGGAGUACGCACACAACGAGGAGCUGCGCGCAUCUGGGGAGCAGCAGGUCUACAAUCCCGUCCGCGCCAUCGCGCCGGGCAAGCACAGUCUCCAGCAAUUGGUCAGGCAGGUGCACAACCAGAAGGACGCGCUGGAGGAGAGCUUUGCCAAAUCAAAGACCAAUCAAAAAGAGGCUGGCCAACGGUACGGGUGGAGAUGAUUGCAUCAUAUCACUGAAGGCACUAUGCAUCGUCCGACAAGAAGAUGUCCGACCUGCCAGGUAAACUUCCUCGCCAGGAAUGGGAAAUUGCGAGUGUAGGCAUCGAUAACGACGCAC